GCGUGUUGCGGCACGGCGGGGGUGACGUGGCAGUGGCUGAGGCGGGCUCGGCUCUGCUGGCCUCAGCGCGGACACAAGAUGUUGACGCUGGGCGAGUGUUCGGUGCUGUUCGGCCUCCUCGCUUACUUGUGCGGCGCCUCCGCGUACUUCGUCAGCAUCGAUGCGCACGCCGAGGAGUGCUUCUUCGAGAAGGUCACGUCGGGCACCAAGAUGGGCUUGAUCUUCGAGGUGGCCGAGGGUGGCUUCCUGGACAUCGAUGUGGAGAUUACGGGACCUGAUGGCAAAAAUAUUUACAAGGGGGACCGUGAAUCCAGUGGGAAGUACACUUUUGCUGCACACAUGGACGGGACGUAUAAAUUCUGUUUCAGUAACAGAAUGUCUACCAUGACCCCCAAAAUAGUCAUGUUCACCAUUGACAUUGGAGAGGCACCGAAAGGACACGACAUGGAAACGGAAGCUCACCAGAACAAGUUGGAAGAAAUGAUCAACGAGCUGGCCGUGGCCAUGACGGCGGUGAAGCACGAGCAGGAGUACAUGGAAGUGCGUGAACGGAUACACAGAGCAAUCAACGACAACACAAACAGCAGAGUGGUCCUCUGGUCAUUCUUCGAAGCUCUGGUACUGGUUGCUAUGACGCUUGGACAGAUCUACUACCUGAAGAGAUUUUUUGAAGUCCGAAGGGUGGUCUAAACAUGUGCAGACAUUCAGCAUGGAAGAAACAGUUUGAAAAGUAUCUGGUCACAACCGCUUUUAUUACAUUGUCACUUGACUGAAACCCUUUUGCGCACUGUUAAUGAUCUUUUACUGCUGUUUAUAUUAACACCCUUUGAAGUAUGUUGGGAAUGUUGGGAGUCUGUGGGCUUAACAGAAUUUUGUAGAGGCCGGGAGUUACAUUGUAGGAGACUUUUGAUGCUCCAAUCAAUUCAGAUUCUGAAAAAUCAAAACAAAUUCCUUCUAAGUACGCUUUAAUUUGCUUCGCUGGAAUUGGUAACAUUGCUGAUGGGCUUAAAAAGCAAAGGCAUUAGGUAUAUGAGUUACUGAUUAAGAUGUGACUAGUAUGCGUACACCUUAAAACUCAAUUUUCUACAAUUUAUUUUCAGUUACAGUUUAUCUUCUUGUUUCGAGGACAUGGUUUUGCAUUUGACAGCAACCUAGGGGCAACAUUGUCCAAUUGCUUCACAGUGCCACAACUGUACAGGAAAUCUUUACUCCAGAUCAGUUUAUCUUAGAAAAGAUCAUAAAUCCCCUUUACUGUUUUGGAAAUCAUUUUUGUUAAUGUGUAAGUUUCCUUUUGGAAGAUUAUUGGUCCUUGUAAAGUGGUUGUAUACUUGACGGUCUCUGGAAAUUUACAGUUGGUUCAGUAGCUGAACUGUAGGUUUUUUUUUGUAUACUGUGCAGCCACUUCAAUCAUGUCUCAUGUAGUCUUUCUUUGUCAUUUCAUUCUGUUUUUCACCACUGAAAUCAAAUUUGCUGCUGGGAAUAUCAGGUUAUGAGUGUGGAUUUUAAACAUCCACUUUAAUUGCUUUGCAGUAAUUGGAAACAUUGGAUUAAAUUGUAAACACAGGAAAACAGGAAUGUGAGCUACUGUGACUAUAGUAUGAAUAAGUUUAAUAUGCUUGGUCUUUUGAAACAUCUUUUCAACAAUUUUCUGCAAGUUUUUUCAGGUUAUAGGUUUACCUUUUCGUUCUAGACGUCACAGUUUAACUUUCGCUCAGUGAACUAAGACAACCCAAUCCACAACCUCGACGGUUCACUGUCAGGCUUACUUAUAUUAACUAAAGAGAACGUUACUGGAUUCCAGAAAUGUUGCAAUUUAACAUAAUCCCUGGUGGGCUGUACAGUGACCCGAUUCCAUCUGAUGACCUCUGAUCGUCCGACUUGGGUUGUGAUAUGCACUGUUUGUUUUGCUGUCUUGUUUUUCUGUUUGGAAUAAUUGGCUGGGGUUCUCUUUGUCCUCUCCAUUAACUGUACUCCUUGCCAAGCUAUGAUGAAAGAGCAGUGAAAGGAUUUUGGGGGAGGGUAACAUUUAAAAAAAAAUAAAAUAAAAAUAAAUAAGUGGCACAGAUAUUAAAAUAGUUCAUGCUAGAGUUUUCAGUAGAAUAUUAAUAUCUAAAGUGCAAGUCAGAGCUGUUUAUGUUCUGUCUUGGCACGUCUGCACAUCCUCUGUGACUGGGUACGUUACUGUACAAAUGGACCCUGUCUGUGCAACUUUAUUUUGUCCAGGAUACCUGGGCAAUACCUUGGAAUUGGACUGGAUUUUCUGCCUAUGAAGACUUAUGAUGGAAAAUGCUUGUGAGAUUGUGAAACUUUCAAAAGAUCGGGUUUAUAAAACUUAAAUCUUAAAGGAAAUGCUGCUGUGUCUGCUAAUUCUUUUCCAGCGUCUUUUGACUCAAUCUGAUGUAAAUUAAAGUUUGAAUGUUUCCAAUGAAAUAGCCACAUGCUAAUAUGUAGUUAAUACUUCAUUUGCUUUUAAGCCUCCAGGGGAGGCUGUGGAGUUUUCGGUGUUUGUUUUUUGUCCUUUGUGAAUGUGAGGGACUUGUAUUUGGUUUCUAGAUUCUAAUCUAUAUAAAAGUACUUGGUAAA